AGUGAUGUUUCUGAACGCAGCUAAAAAAGGAAAAAAAAAGAAAACUGGAGUUAAGAGACUUUUUAUAAAAAAAAGAGAUGAAAAAAUAACACUGACGUGCUAGUAGAAUGGCGCCAUUGGAGAGCUGAAUUCUACACAUAUAUAACAUAUAUAAAGCAAAGGUGUGCACAGGACCUAGAGCACGCAUUUAAAGGAAAAAAAGAUGAUCUUUUUUCAACGUUUAGAAUUUGUUCUUAGGUUCUUUAGAAGUUGUUCUUAGGAAAAAGCGGUGUUUAUAAUUUGUAGGUCACGACAGAUCCAGAAAUCCACUGCUGGUCUCGCUGCAUCCUCCGCUCCUGCUCGCUAUUGUCGCGGCUUUUCAUCAGUGAAUGCGAGUCAAUGCGAAUUACGAUAGGAAUCAUAGGAGUAUAGGUUCUAUACUACAAGAGCACAUAGGACAUAGGAGCCGUCAUCGUGGGAGUGUGAAAGAGGAGAAAGAGAACGAGAGAGAAGCGCAAGAGAGGAGCACGAACGAGAGAAAGGGCGCACGCGCGAGAGCGAGCGAGAGAGGGAGAUAGGCUGUCGGAGGGAAAUGAGAGAGAAGGAAGGAGAAAGCGAUCGCGAGAGGGAGGGAGAGGGAAGCGAGAGAAAUAUCCGCGGAUGCGGCGGGGUGUCUGCACCCGUGCGUGAAUCACGCUUCAGAAACGCUCUCACUCUCUUUCUCUCUCUUUCUUUUUCUCUCUCUCCCCUCGCUCUCGCCGCCGCCGCCGUCGUCGUCGUCCUCUUUGAGUAGUUCGCCCCGUGCUCUCGCCGUCUCACCGCGACAUUGACCCGUGUGUGCCGUGUGCUCUCUCGCGCCGCCGGACGCCACCACCGAACGGACCAUCAGCCAGGUCUCUUGAGUAGCAGCAGCAACGACGGCGGAGGCCACCCCGAUCGAGCGCGAGGGAGAACGGCGGUCAGCCUGCCAGCCUGCCAACCAACCAGCCAGCGAGCGAGCGGCGUCCCUCGAGGCGCCGAUCGAGGAGAGAGAGAGAGAGAGAGAUCGGACACCCACGAGGAGGCUACUCCGGAAUCGCUCCGACCCCUCGACUCGCACGAUGACUCGGCCCGCGCGGGCUCCGCUGCCGGUACCCGGUGUUCUGUGAUGAAGGCCGUCCUCGCGGCGCGGUGAGAGGACCUCACCUGCCAGGUGUGUGUGCCUUCGGGGAGAUCUCCGCGGCGGCGAUCUCUGCUAUCGGGACGGUAGUCGUCGGCAGGGUCGUCGUCGACGACGAGGAGAACACCUUUCUCUACGCGGGAGGUGUCCUCGGUGCAGAGAGUGAAAGCAAAAGUCGUGAGGAAACGAGCGGCACACGACAAUCGCACGCGAGUAUAUAUAGACGUGUGCACGCGUGGACGUGGGAGAGUACGCGGGCUUCAAUUUGUAGAGGCGUGGAGACGCAGCAGCAACGGAGGAUAGACUGGCAACAAAGGGCCAGAAGCGGAUACACCAUGUCAGAUGAGGAAGACAAACCCCCCGCACCCCCUGUUCGAUUGACAUCAAACAGGGGGGAAUCGACGCCUAAUUUACCGGUGGACAUGCGGCCAUUGCCUAAGGAGCCAGAUUCCGACGAGCGCAAGAAGAAGACGCUGAAGAGCAAGAUGAAGGUGAAGGAGAACAAGGACAAGCCCAACAUCAGUUACCCCACGAACUUCGAGCAUACCGUGCAUGUUGGGUUCGACGCCGUGACCGGCGAGUUCACGCUGCCACUGAAAGGUAUGCCAGAGGCGUGGGCGAGAUUACUUAUGUCCAGCAACAUUAGUAAGCAGGAACAAAAGAAAAAUCCGCAAGCUGUGUUGGACGUGUUAAAUUGGUACGACAGUAGCAGUAAGGAAGCAAAAGGCUCUAAGUACAUGACCACAACUAAAAUGGUUGGAGUUGUCGCUCCGAUUGAGAGGGCGAGUAGUCCACGAAGUAUAGGAAUGGGCAUUGGCACGGGAGUAGGAAAUAUUCGGGGCCAGGCGAUGUCUCAGGCAUCCGGUAGCUCGCACUCUCAGCAUUCGUUAAGCAGGGUGAGUAGCAGUAGCCCGAGCAGUACGCCGACGGACGCGUGUGCGACUAGCUCGGAACAGGAGGACGAGCCGCCGCCGCCGCCAAUCUCCGCCCGACCGGAACGUACGAAAUCGAUCUACACAAAACCUAUAGAAGAGGAACCACCGCCUCCUCUGACAACUACACUGGGCUCGCCACAACGAAAUGGCAUGCAGCAACAACAGCAGUCGCAGCUAGAUAGAAAUAAGAAUCAGGCGACGCCGACGUCAACAACGACCGAUCAGACGCGACCGGCGCAAGGCGAUAAGGCUAGGAAGAAGAAGAUGUCGGACGACGAGAUAUUGGAGAAGCUUAGAACAAUCGUGAGCGUGGGAGAUCCUAAUAGAAAAUAUACGAAGAUGGAGAAGAUUGGACAAGGUGCCUCAGGAACGGUGUAUACGGCAAUAGAAACGUCCACCGGCAUGGAAGUUGCAAUAAAACAAAUGAAUUUAUCGCAACAGCCAAAGAAAGAGCUUAUAAUAAACGAGAUUCUGGUAAUGCGGGAGAACAAGCAUCCGAACGUUGUAAAUUAUUUGGAUAGUUAUUUAGUCGGGGAGGAACUGUGGGUAGUCAUGGAAUAUUUGCCAGGUGGCAGUUUAACGGAUGUUGUGACUGAGACUUGUAUGGACGAGGGUCAGAUUGCCGCGGUGUGCAGGGAGGUGCUACAGGCGCUUGAGUUCCUUCACUGUAAUCAAGUUAUACAUAGGGACAUAAAGUCUGACAAUAUUCUGUUGGGCCUCGAUGGCGGGGUGAAGUUAACGGAUUUCGGCUUUUGCGCGCAAAUCUCGCCGGAGCAGAGUAAGCGAACGACGAUGGUCGGCACGCCGUAUUGGAUGGCGCCGGAAGUAGUAACGCGAAAGCAAUAUGGACCUAAGGUUGAUAUAUGGUCAUUGGGAAUAAUGGCAAUCGAGAUGAUUGAAGGGGAGCCGCCGUAUCUAAACGAAAAUCCGCUGCGAGCAUUGUAUUUGAUCGCAACGAACGGCAAACCGGAGAUUAAGGAGAAGGACAAGCUAUCUGGUAUAUUCCAAGACUUCUUGGACCAGUGUUUAGAGGUCGAGGUGGAAAAACGGUCCGCGGCUUCCGAGCUAUUAAAGCAUCCCUUCCUGAAAUUAGCCAGGCCACUGGCUUCGUUAACACCUUUGAUAAUGGCAGCGAAAGAAGCUGCCAAAGGUCAUUAAGAGGCAGUGGUGUUUAGAUUAUAGUUUCGUAAGACGUAACUCUAAGAGUUCGUAUUGAUUAUGCGAGUGAAAAAGAA